AUGGUUGCUCUCGCACCAACCCAGCUUGCCAUCAUUGGACGUAUUCUUCAAGCGGGUGUUAUCGAUAGUGUCCACAUCUACGACAUUCCCGAAGACUCAUGGAAGAAAGUUGCGUCCCUCCCAAAAACUAUUGACCAUGGCAACGCUGCAGCAGUAGAUGGCAAGAUCUACGUGCUCGGCAGCGUGACUGGCGCCAACUGGGCUGGAACUCUGAGAUCGUGGUUUAUGUCUGAGAGGGUGGGCGGCGAUAUAUUCGAUACCCCUGUACAAAUAUUCGGCGAAUAUGAUGCACUAAAACUUAGCGAGAUGAGGACUGGUGUUGCGGGCACCAUAGGGGGCGAAGCUGGCAGCAAAACGUGAAGGGAAAAUACCCGCUGUAGCUUAGCACCAGCCCGCUAAGUUACAGUAUUCGUCCCACUAAUUUUUAACUUUACCCCACUAGAGCUUCUGUCGAUUUCAGCGUAUCAUAUUCGUGAAAUAUUCGUACAGGGGUGUCGAAUAUAUCGCCG